AUGGUGCUCUUAAAGGAUUUUAAUAAAGAUGCUACUAGCCUUCUCCGUUCAAAGUAUCCGACAGAUAAGUUGUGGGAAAUCAACCUAGCGAGUAAAAGUAAAAACCCAAGUUGUAAUUUUGCUGCUUAUCCACGUAAUAAUGGGAUUGAAGGAAAUUCUUCUUUAAAGUGGAAGAUGGGAAAGGCACAUAUGGAAACAAAAAUUAAUACAAAUGGAACGGCUUCAUGGGAAACAAGAUUAACACCUGUUGAUGGUAUAGAUAUUACAGCAAAGUAUGAGAAACCACAGAACUACAAUAAUAAUAAUAAUAUAGUAGAAUUGGAGGCUGAGUUAACUGGCAAAUAUGGUCAUAGUAAAUUUAGAUUGUCACCCUUGCAUAAUUACUACAAUCAAUCUUUAAAAGACAAAGAUAAUGAGAUGAUUUCACUUUACAAUACUCUUUCUACGAAAUAUUUUUUACCUUACCAAUUACAUUUUGGUAUGGAUAUGUCUGGCAAUUUAAAAUCUUAUAAUUCAUUAAAGUGUUCAUUUGGUGCAGCAUUGACGGGACCUUUUCAUACAGGUCUUUCAUCUAAUAGUUCUGAUGAAUCAACAAUUACAACUUCACUACAGACAACUUCUAAUAGUAGCAGCAAUUUAUCUGGAAUUACAGCUGGUAUUCACCUGAACAAUUUGAGUAAUAAGAGCGAGCUUGGUGCUAUGGUUACAUACAAUUUCCAAAAUAGUACUAGUUCCAAUACAACAAAUGAGAAUAAUUCGAACCUUCCACUUCUUACACCUAAGGUACAACUUUUAUUUGGUGGGAAGUGGACAUUUGGCCAUAACAAUAAUGAUGAUGACUCUAAAUUCUUUUCUGGUACAACAGAUGUCAAAUUUCGAAUAUCAAAUGAUGCCAAAGUUGCAUAUUCGUUGACACAUCGAUUCCACAAAAACUUAUCAGCUACAUUUGGUGCUCAAUUUGAUACAUAUCGUAUGAGUAAUCCAGAUUCUGUUAAAUAUGGAGUUAUCCUUGAUUUAACUGCGUAG